AUGACACAAAAGUCCCGACAAGAGUAUGAAGCUGAGGUGAAAUCCUGGGGCUUUUCUCACGUAUUUACAUGGACGGAUGGGCCCAAUGCACAUUACAGCCCUCACUCGCACCCUGGACGUACAACGCACCUCAUUCUUGACGGGCAGCUGACACUCACGUACCCCAACGAUGAGCGCCCCGUAAAGAAGACGCUUUCGGUCGGUGAUCGGUUUGAUGUCGAUGCUGGCCGCGUUCAUGAAGUGUGGGUGGGCAAGGAAGGUUGCACAUAUGUGAUUGGAGAAUGA